CGCUUCUCUUUGCGGCGAAUUGACAGGUCAGCUUCAAGCCACUUUUUAGCUUCUCGAGUAGAGUAUUUAGUUUUAUUUUGUGUUAUCAUUUAAUUUGAUUAUUAAAAUGUAUACGUUUAUAGACGCAAUAGAGCUAUUAGACGAGUUAUAAGUGCACUUACAGUGUUACAUAAACUAGCGCUCGGCGAUCCCGAUGCAUACAACUACAUAAUACGUCAGUGAAUAAAUGGUGGCUAGAUAAUGGAUGUGGAUGCGCCGAACAUAUUGAAGCGGUGCAGCAGCGCACCGUUGAUCAAUGAGGUGGCACCGACGGCUGCGACUUCGCCCACGACAACUACAACGCCUAGGAGUACGUCGAUCUUUAGCAGCUUCAGCAUGUUCUCCAACAACAACCUGAAUCUGCGCACGCGGCGGCACAGUGGCAGUUUCAGCCCUUUAGCCACCCCACAUAGCCCCAGUAACUGCUGGGGCCCCCGCGCGCCGCGCGUCAACCAACUACGUCUCGAGGAGUGCGCCGACGUGUGCAACACGCGGGAGGUCGCUCACGAGAGAGAGGUCCACUCCGCCAUGCAACUUGGGCAGUCGUGUGAGGACCUCACGCUGCCGGGCUUGUCCAACUCACCCACUAGAGUCACCAGGGUACCUCAAGUGGUAUCCCCGUCCCCCACGCGCAAGUACAUGACGCGCCGGAGCCUCUCGCCCAUCGCCAUCCGCGCGUCCAGCUUCAGCCCCGUCACGCUGCGCAAGCGCCGCGGCGACGAGCCCGACUCCCCCCUCCCCAAGCGCGUGUGCGGCCGCCUCACCCCCUCCACGCCCGGCACGCCCGGCACGCCAGGCACGCCCGGCACGCCAGAUUCUGAUUCGCUGGAGUGCACGUUCCGGCCCGUGUCGCCGCGCGCGCCCAUGACCGAGAAUCAUAAGAGUGAGAACACUAGCUAAUAGAUCGUGGGGGCCUGGUGUACGGAAUGCGAGACUCGCCCGGCGUGUUUCCAGACAUUGAAAGUUGAAAAACAAACCUACUAUGAUAUUAGAAUGUUUGUAUCAAAAGAACUUAUACAUGUACGCCUAUUUCCUGAAAAGAGUGAAAAGCAAAUAUAGUCGUUUAAAGACUAGCCAAUUUCUAGUAUUUUAUAGAAAAUCAUAUUCUAUUGCUAAUGUAAUGGAGACAUGCUGGGUUUUAUGCAUAAUAUUCAAUGCAAAAGUACGAACCGAUUAUUAAAAAAAUAUGAUGUAUUGUUGAUUGUGAAUCUUGGUACUUGUGUCGUCAUCAGAUAUCCCGGAGCGGCCGAGGUGCUCAAAAAUAUCUGAACACCCCUCUAACGGCUUGACAAUAGAGGCAUGUUCAGAUAUUUGUGAGCACCUUGACCGCUCGGAUAUCUGAUGGCGACUGUAGGUACAUAACAUCUCUGAUUUGUAAAACUUACCUCAAUUAUAAUUACAAUUAAAAAAGGUUUCUAAUCGGUUGGUACCUGCAUUAAUAUUUGCAUAAAUUUGUCAAAUUUCGUAAAGUUAGGUGGUAGUGUAAGGUGUAAUAUUGUAUAGGGUUCUACGCGUUAUCCAAUGUUUGUAGGCUAGGACGGCGUAUCCUAGGGAGACUACGUCAUUAUGGGAGCAUAGACACAUAGAUUUCUUAUAGUUUUCAGUUAGUCUUGCUCUGCCAGAAGGCAAAACAGGUAGAGGAAGGCCCCCUCUGACGUGGUGGACGAGUAUGGCCAAACUAUUGGAAAAAGCCCAACUACCCAACCCAACAACUCAAGACAGAUCGUCUUGGCGCCGAAGGAUAAGGAGAGCCGACCCCACUUAAUGUGGGAUAAGGCAAAGGAAAAGAAGAGAUAGUUUUCAGUUUGAGUUGAUUUCUGGGUUUUCUACGUAGUUACUUCUAGUAUGGGCUGUUCAAAAACUUUUACAGAAUGUACUGCAUAAUUAUUUUCCAUCGUAUUUUCACGGAAACGUACGAACGUCUCUUGCUAUUUCAGUCAGUCUCGUACAAAAAGUACUGAGGUUGACUGAAGUAGCAUUACAAAUACGAACGUUUCCGAGAAAAUACGAUGGAAAACAAAUAUGCACUAUAUCUCAGGCCCAUUUCCAUAAUAAUAGUUUCUCAAUUCGUAUCAUGUUAAUGACCCUUUAGCGAAAUUUUAAUCACGUUUUUUGGUAUCGUGCUCUGAUUAGGAAAAAGGGAAGAAUUUUUUUACGCGUAAUUUUUUUUUCUAUGUGGUCGUCCAAGUUGGCCAACCAUACAAAGGCCAAAAAAUUUCGCGUCAAAAAACUUUUCUUCUCUUUCCUAAUUUACUACCUAAGAAUAAAUGUUUUGUUUUUAAUUGUUAUACUAUGUUUGUCUAUAUGUAUUAAGCCCCCACGAUAGCGUAGUCUCCCAAUAAUUAUCUAGGAAAUGUAAACGUAGCUUUUAGGAGAAACGGGAGCCCUAAAUAGCCAAAGCAUCCAAAACUUUACUGUAAAUAGUUAGUCGCGUUGCUAUAUCGAACGCUCUGUAUAUAAUUUAUUGUAAGUCUUAGCUGUUAUGUUCAAGUUUUUCGAAGUCCGUAGAUCGAUUCGAAUUGUUUUGGUUUUUCCCAUACAGGGAUCAGGAGAAUCAAAUUGAUUGUCGCUUUCAGCAGGAUCUAAGAUUUGGGUUUUGUGUCCAAUACUUUAAAGUGGUGAAACUAUAAUUAAAUAUACUUAGCAAGAACCUUUACCCAUCAUGGAAAAGUUACGAUAUAAACCAGAUUUUUUUCAGAUAUAGUAGUGGCCGAUCAGGCUUUAGGUUACUUUUCGCUCAUGUCGUCUCGCUGUGGUGGACCAUGGGGUAACAUACCAUGUGGGGUACCAAAUGAGGGCUUUGUGAGUAGAUCACAAAUAUGGUUUGGUACCCCACAUGGUAUGUUUAAAAGAAAAAAGUUAAAAACAUUCUACUGCCGACUUUAUGACGUCACAGCAACUACCCCCACCACUUUCGCGCUUGUCAUCUCAUAUAUUGUUCAGGACAUCAUGAUGGAAUGCACUGAUACUAAAUAUACCCAUGUCCGAAAUGACAUGAGCGAAAAUCGAUUUCUAGAAGACUUCUAGACAAAAAACCAACGCUCUAAUAUUUCUAUUGGGGAAUUUUCUUCGGGUAAUAAAACUCAUUCAUUUGCACACGGUGCAUGUAACAUGCCGAUGUUGAGGUAUUUGCGUGGGUUAUAUUAUUAUGCAUUGUGUAAAGAACAGUAUAAAGAAGUAUAUGAGUCCAGCGGCUUCAGCAUAUGCCAGCGCAUGACUGAGCAUAAAAGCAUAAACUAGUACAAAUUAUUUGCGCAAGUAGCCCUCGCCAGUUACACAAUGUACAAUGUCUUACAUGCGCCGUGUGCAAGAGUAGGUUAUAUUAUUAUGCAUUGUGUAAAGAACAGUAUAAAGAAGUAUGCGAGUCCAGCGACUUCAGCAUAUGCCAGCGCAUGACUGAGCAUAAAAGCACGGGCUAGUACAAAAAUUAUUUGCGCAAGUAGCCCUCGCCAGUUACACAAUGUACAAUGUCUUACAUGCGCCGUGUGCAAGAGUAGGUUAUAUUAUUAUGCAUUGUGUAAAGAACAGUAUAAAGAAGCAUGCAAGUCCAGCGGCUUCAGCAUGUGCUACCGCAUGACUGAGCAUAAAAGCACAAACUAGUACAAAUUAUUUGCGCAAGUAGCCCUCGCCAGUUACACAAUGUACAAUGUCUUACAUGCGCCGUGUGCAAAGUGGGUUAUAUUAUUAUGCAUUGUGUAAAGAACAGUAUAAAGAAGUAUAUGAGUCCAGCGGCUUCAGCAUAUGCCAGCGCAUGACUGAGCAUAAAAGCACGGGCUAUUACAAAUUAUUUGCGCAAGUAGCCCUCGCCAGUUACACAAUGUACAAUGUCUUACAUGCGCCGUGUGCAAAGUGGGUUAUAUUAUUAUGCAUUGUGUAAAGAACAGUAUAAAGAAGUAUACGAGUCCAGCGGCUUCAGCAUAUGCCAGCGCAUGACUGAGCAUAAAAGCACGGGCUAUUACAAAUUAUUUGCGCAAGUAGCCCUCGCCAGUUACACAAUGUACAAUGUCUUACAUGCGGCGUGUGCAAGAGUAGGUUAUAUUAUUAUGCAUUGUGUAAAGAACAGUAUAAAGAAGCAUGCAAGUCCAGCGGCUUCAGCAUGUGCUACCGCAUGACUGAGCAUAAAAGCACAAACUAGUACAAAUUAUUUGCGCAAGUAGCCCUCGCCAGUUACACAGUGUACAAUGUCUUACAUGCGCCGUGUGCAAGACUAGGUUAUAUUAUCAUGCAUUGUAUAAAGAACAGUAUAAAGUAGCAUGCAAGUCCAGCGGCUUCAGCAUGUGCUACCGCAUGACUGAGCAUAAAAGCACAAACUAGUAAAAAUUAUUUGCGCAAGUAGCCCUCGCCAGUUACACAGUGUACAAUGUCUUACAUGCGCCGUGUGCAAAGUGGGUUAUAUUAUUAUGCAUUGUGUAAAGAACAGUAUAAAGAAGUAUGCGAGUCCAGCGACUUCAGCAUAUGCCAGCGCAUUACUGAGCAUAAAAGCACGGGCUAUUACAAAUUAUUUGCGCAAGUAGCCCUCGCCAGUUACACAAUGUACAAUGUCUUACAUGCGCCGUGUGCAAGAGUAGGUUAUAUUAUCAUGCAUUGUAUAAAGAACAGUAUAAAGAAGCAUGCAAGUGCAGCGGCUUUAGCAUGUGCUACCGUAUGACUGAGCAUAAAAGCACAAACUAGUACAAAUUAUUUGCGCAAGUAGCCCUCGCCAGUUACACAGUGUACAAUGUCUUACAUGCGCCGUGUGCAAAGUGGGUUAUAUUAUUAUGCAUUGUGUAAAGAACAGUAUAAAGAAGUAUACGAGUCCAGCGGCUUCAGCAUAUGCCAGCGCAUGACUGAGCAUAAAAGCACGGGCUAGUACAAAAAUUAUUUGCGCAAGUAGCCCUCGCCAGUUACACAAUGUACAAUGUCUUACAUGCGGCGUGUGCAAGAGUAGGUUAUAUUAUCAUGCAUUGUAUAAAGAAGCAUGCAAGUCCAGCGGCUUUAGCAUGUGCUACCACAUGACUGAGCAUAAAAGCACAAACUAGUACAAAUUAUUUGCGCAAGUAGCCCUCGCCAGUUACACAGUGUACAAUGUCUUACAUGCGCCGGGUGCAAAGUGGGUUAUAUUAUUAUGCAUUGUGUAAAGAACAGUAUAAAGAAGUAUGCGAGUCCAGCGACUUCAGCAUAUGCCAGCGCAUGACUGAGCAUAAAAGCACGGGCUAUUACAAAUUAUUUGCGCAAGUAGCCCUCGCCAGUUACACAAUGUACAAUGUCUUACAUGCGCCGUGUGCAAAGUGGGUUAUAUUAUUAUGCAUUGUGUAAAGAACAGUAUAAAGAAGUAUACGAGUCCAGCGGCUUCAGCAUAUGCCAGCGCAUGACUGAGCAUAAAAGCACGGGCUAGUACAAAAAUUAUUUGCGCAAGUAGCCCUCGCCAGUUACACAAUGUACAAUGUCUUACAUGCGCCGUGUGCAAAGUGGGUUAUAUUAUUAUGCAUUGUGUAAAGAACAGUAUAAAGAAGUAUACGAGUCCAGCGGCUUCAGCAUAUGCCAGCGCAUGACUGAGCAUAAAAGCACGGGCUAGUACAAAAAUUAUUUGCGCAAGUAGCCCUCGCCAGUUACACAAUGUACAAUGUCUUACAUGCGCCGUGUGCAAGAGUAGGUUAUAUUAUCAUGCAUUGUAUAAAGAAGCAUGCAAGUCCAGCGGCUUUAGCAUGUGCUACCACAUGACUGAGCAUAAAAGCACAAACUAGUACAAAUUAUUUGCGCAAGUAGCCCUCGCCAGUUACACAGUGUACAAUGUCUUACAUGCGCCGUGUGCAAAGUGGGUUAUAUUAUUAUGCAUUGUGUAAAGAACAGUAUAAAGAAGUAUGCGAGUCCAGCGACUUCAGCAUAUGCCAGCGCAUGACUGAGCAUAAAAGCACGGGCUAUUACAAAUUAUUUGCGCAAGUACUACUUACCAGUUACACGCACAAUGUACAAUGUCUCACAUGCGCCGUGUGCAAGCGAACUUAUAACGACUGUCUUCGGUUACCGCGAUAGUUACUCAUGAAAUAAAACUAUGAAAACGGAUUAUAUCGCGUAUAUUGAAUUUAUAAUACAUCCCGACGUUUCGAACCCUUUAC